UGCAAUUUCCAACAUCCACUAUAGUGUAACAAGAAAGGAUACUAAGUCAUACUAGUUUACGUCUUUGAAUAAGCUUACUUUAUUCAAACUCAUUUUUUUGGAGUUUAUUAUAGUUGAGCUUCCUGGGUGUCAAACUUAUUCCAAGUGGUAAACUAAUCUUGACUACCUUGGCAAAGACGGAUAUUAUAAGACUUUAAAGUAUUUUUUUGGGGAAUAAAAAUUCAUAAAAUAUCUCUGGAAUCCGAAUUCAUUUUGUGAACCAUUUAUAAGUUUACUUGCUCAUAAUGGCAAAGAAAAAGUCUAAAGCUUCCAGCUCAGCUCGUGGGUACGCGACAACCUCAAUGCCUUCGCGUGCUACGCCAGUCCCCAAGAAAGCUGAAAAUAAUAAUGUCCAGCAAGCAGCUAAGGCGGAUGCCAACAAAGAGACACCAGCUACAAACGACCCUGUUAACAGUGCUCUUCAUGAAACAAAUUCUUUCGAUGACCUUAUGGCUGAAGAUUUUUCACCUUCAAUUGAUACUGAGUCAGAAAAAGUGAAAUCUAAUGCUGUGUCAUCUUCCAAGUCUUUCUUACAUGCCUGGCAGACUGAACUUCGUCUUCGAAAGAGUACAAACAUCAUGAGUUUUUCGGAGGAUGAGAAUAAACUUAUAUACGAUUCGUUUCGUGAUAGCUGGAUUGAGUCUCUCAGAAGGUCUGCCAACCAGUCAAAUACAAUGGCUUAUGCUACAAAAAAACGUUUGCUAUGGUCCAAUUAUUUGUCUUUACUGGAUAUGGGGUUCAGCGAGGAUUUGAUCUUCAAGGCAUUUUCAUCUCUUCCCGUCGUCCCAAUCGAAGAUUAUAUUGCUUGGAUAAUCACUGAACCUACGUCUUUAGAAAAUCCUUCUUCUUUCAAUUACGAAGUGCAGCCGACAAAGUACCAAGUACUCUGCAGACAAUUGGACGAACCUUUACCUGCUGCUCCCGUUUCUACUUCUAAUAACAAGCGAAUGGCUCCUUUGAUGACGAAAAAGGAACCCGUAGAAACUCCAUCAGUGACUCCAAAAUCAGAAGCCACUACACAUGAUGAGAAAAAUUCUAAAGAAGGUGAUGCGUAUUCUAUGGCUAGCUUACUUCAGCAAAUGCCUGAGGAAGAGGACAUGCCUGGAAGUGAUCCUUAUGAUCUUACGAAUCAGUACGUGAAAGCUAAGCUGAAGUUGCUUCGACUACAAAUUAUGGGUAAAAAGGACUCGGAUGCUACCGAUAUGGUAAGAUCUGAAUUGGAGGGCAUAACUAGCCAAUAUUUGUUCUCGUCAAAAGAUGCUGAGUCUGUUCUUAAGAGAAAGCGUGGUGAAUUCAUGUCAAAGCUGAAAGCUUUACAAGCAAGAGUUGCUAAUGAACGAGCUGUUGAAGCACUUCAAAACCAAAAGCCUGAUGAUCAACAAGAUGACACAGCUGAAGAUACCAAGUCCGAUUUGGAUGGUCAGCAACCAGAUCCCGACCAGACUCAAAAUGAGUCCGAUCACGAAGAUCAACAAGGUAGAUUAGAAGAAGAUACUGAUCUUGUGGGUGGAUUAUUUAAUGAACCUGAGGAGAGCAGUGUAGUUGUUGAUACCAGUCAGAAUAAGUAUACCUACUUGCCUUUGUCCAUGGAUCGAUCUGGUACUAGGCCUUCUACUAUAUUGCAAUAUGAAUUGCACAAAUUAGGUAACAAUCUUCAGGCAGAAUAUAAAACAUAUCCUAUAGGUCAAAUUGGUUGGCAAUCUACAUGUUUCGUUAAAUGCCCUACGGGGCAAAAGACCUUCGUGGAUACUGAAACUGUAUUGCCUAGUCCCAUCCUGGCUUCAGAUUAUACAGCUACAAAUGUACUUUUUAAACUUGUUGCCCCUUACACAAAACUUACUGUUACAAUGUUCCCCAAGAGCUUCAAAGAUUUAUUUGAAAAGCUCUCCAGUGAACAAUUAAGCAGCAUGAAACAAGAGGAUAUCAGAAUUUCAGAGAAACUGGAUGGUAUUUUAGAAUUGAAAGGAUCUGAAAUUACAGGCGUUCAGAAUAAAACAAGCUCCAAACCGGUUGAUACUGAGCAGACGAAGAAGGCUGUUCACCGACCACCAGAAAAAAUCAUUGAAGAGUGGCAUCGUCAAUUGUGUAGCAGCCACGCCGAAAAAUUCCGUGAUAUUCGCAGUCAGUUACCCGCUUCUCGUUAUAAAUCGGAAAUCCUAGAAGCUGUCAAAAACAACCAAUUGCUUAUUAUUUCCGGUGAUACAGGAUGUGGUAAGAGUACACAGAUUCCUGCAUUUUUGUUAGAGGAUGCUUUGUCACGAGGUGAAUCCGCCAGAAUCUAUGUUACCGAGCCUAGGCGUAUCAGUGCUGUUUCACUUGCUCAGCGUGUUUCUCAAGAGCUAGGAGCUCAUCCCCCUUCGAAUAGAUCUCAUGAAAUGGUGGGAUAUUCCGUUCGUCUUGAUUCAAAAAGCACUAUACACACUCCAUUGGUUUACGUGACAACAGGUGUCUUCCUUCGUUUACUUGAAGUUGGCCAUGAGAUUGAGUCUGUGACUCAUCUAAUAAUUGAUGAAGUUCACGAACGUAGCAUCGACUCUGAUCUUUUGUUGAUUCAUGUUUUGCGCUUGCUUAAAGAUUAUCCAAGACUCAAAGUCAUUGUAAUGAGUGCUACUUUAAAUGCUGAGAAAUUUCAGGAUUAUUUUGGUGGUAGCAGUUUAAUUAGUAUUCCGGGCAAAACAUAUCCUGUACAAAGGUACUUUUUGGAAGACAUAAUGCAUCAGUUCGAAGGUGAUAUAUCUUUUGGUGAAAACAGCACAGACGUGGUGGAAGAGAAUGAUGAAUACGAAGAAGAAGAAGAAGAAGGAGAGGAUAAAGAUUCUGCAAAACCUGAUGCCAUCGUCCAAAAUCCAAUUCCUAAAUCUUAUAAUGAGAAAGUUAUCAAUUAUAAUUUGAUAUUAUUCUUACUUAAAUAUGUUUUUACUGAAGGAGAUCCCAAAUACAGUCAAUGCGUAUUGGUAUUCUUCCCAGGUAUCUCAGAGAUUUUGCGGAUGAAAUCGCUUAUUGACGACGUGCCUAUGUUUCAAAAACAUAAAGAGUUCCGUGUCUAUAUACUACACUCUUCGUUAUCCUCUGCACAACAGCAGUCCGUUUUUGAAAUUCCUCCUCGUGGGUGUCGUAAGAUUGUUUUGUCUACAAAUAUUGCUGAGACCGGUGUUACUAUUCCUGAUGUAACUUGUGUUAUAGACACGGGUGUUCAUAGAGAAAUGCGCUACAACAGCAAGAGGCAUCUUUCCCGUUUGACGGAUACCUUUGUUUCACGUGCAAAUGCCAAACAACGUAGUGGACGUGCUGGUCGUGUACAAGAAGGUGUAUGUUAUCACUUAUUUUCAAGAUUUAAACACGAUACACAAUUUUUGUCCUAUCAAACACCUGAGAUGCUACGACUCAAUCUACAAGAGGUGGUUUUGAGGGUGAAGGUUUGCCAGAUGGGAGAAGUUCAAAAUGUUUUAGGAAACGCAUUAGAUGCUCCAUCUUCUACUAAUGUUGGUAGGGCAUUAGAGAAACUUCAACAGCUUGGUGCCAUUGGAGAAUUUGAAAAAUUAACCAAAUUGGGCAAGUAUCUUGCGCAAUUACCUCUUGAUGCUACCCUUGGUAAAAUGCUUGUGCUGGGAUGUUACUACAAGUCAGUGGAUGCUAUUGUGUCAAUCGUCGCUAUGAUUACUAUUGGCUCUCCUUUUAGAAAGCCUGUUGGUCUAGAAUUUGCUGCUAAUAAGGCUCGUCUAUCAUUUGCCAAGGAAAAUACUAGAAGCGAUUUGCUACUAAUGUAUCAUGCAUACUGUGCUUGGAGAGACGUUUGUUUAAACAAACUUGGUCCAACUGAAAGUGAGUUUACGAGAGAAAAAUAUUUGAACGUCGAAGCGUUAAGCAUGGCCGAGUCAUUGAAAAUACAAUUACUAAAUGAACUGAAAGACAUGGGCUUGAUUUCUGCGCCAUAUAUUGAUACGUGUAAAGCUGCCAAGCGAUCAAUUUGUCGCCGUUUUGCGAUUGUUCCUGAAAGUUCUAACUUAUUCUCGGAUAACGCUGAAAUGAUUUCUUCUGUCAUUGGAGCUUCAUUAUAUCCAAAUAUACUUAAAUAUGACUUUGAAAAGAGAUACUGGACUUCAUUACAUACGAAUAAGCGUAUUCGAAUUUUGGAUUCUUCAGUAAACAACAAAUCCGUGCUUUAUCAGAUGCCUUCCAAGAUCGUUGCGUAUACAAAUAUGAUGUCUUCUACUAGAGCAAGUGAGUAUGUGGCCGAAACUACAAUGGUUACAAUUCGAAUGUUACUUUCUAUGUGUGGCUUACGUAUUGAUUUGCGAGAAUCCAUAGGUCAAGCGAAGCUUGACCGUUUCACGGUUUACCUGGACAAUGUUUAUACCUCUUCCGCUCUUCACAUGCUACGAAGUUUUAUAGAAUCAUCUUUUGCUGCAUUCCUUUCUCACCCUGAACUGCGUCUUUCAGAUGAACAUUUGGCUAUAAUUGUCAGCCUUGUUUCCCGUUUAAGCUUUAAUCGGGUACAAAAACAAAAGUUCGCGGCAUCAUAGAACCUUACGUAAAUUUACACGUACGUUUACAAUAUCCAAUUCUUUAUUGUUUCCUAUAUGUAAAAGAAAGAGAGAAAAAAAAAAAGAAAAAAAAGGCAUACGGUUUUUCAUAUGGUUUCUUGCUCAUUUAAUUGUAUUAUUUAUAGCAAAUAGGACUGGUUAUUACUUUUAUUCACAAAGGAAUGUGUUACUAGUAGGAACUUGCAGAAAAAGUUUUUAAAAAAAAUAAAAAUAAAAAAAUUAUAGCAAUUUGGCACCAA